GCCCACAGAGAAUACAGUAACGACGAAAAUGGUGCAAAGGAAUGGCAGGUGCCAGCAGCCGAGGAAUGAAGGCCGCGUGGGGCAGUGACAGUGACGACGGCGGGUCUCCAUUCUCAAAGCUCCAACGCUAUAAAAAGUGUGUGUGUCAUGUGCUUCCCUCUCGCACCUAAAUUCUCUGCGCCAGGUCGUCCAAAACACGCACCCGUACCGCGUCGGGUCGGCCUCUUUCAGGAAGAGGUCGGGGGCUCGGGGCGGGAGAGCUGCCACUGCCAGGAUCCUGUAAAGCGCGCGGCGGAGUAACUGUGCCGUGCUCCCCCUCUGUUGUCUUUCUCUCUCUCUGCGAGUUCUGCGCUUCCGCCGCCGCUCUUCUUCCCGCGCCGCCUGCCUGCAACUGCAACUGCAAGAAGGCUUCCGCAGUGCAGUAAAUUUCGCCGGCGCGUUGCGCAGCCGUCGCCAGCCAACGUCCAUCCCACUAUUUACUUCCCCAGCUCCCACGACAACCUGUGGGCGCCCGUCGUUCCGUUCCGCUGCCUUCCCGGCCGGUCUCUGCUAGCUCCUUGUGUGUUUCUGCAGCAAAACGCGCGCGCUUCCGGCGCUUCGGGGUUCAGUUGCAGUACGCGCGGCUAGCUGGGGGACGAAGGGAGGGCCGCGACGCGAGGGACGAUGGUGCCGGGCGAGCAGGCGGAGGACGCCAUCGUGGCGGCGGACGUCGGCAACGGCAAGGACGCCGGGGAGGUGCGCGCCGCCAUGGGCGUCGUCGGCGGCGACGACGCUGAGCAGCUGCAGCAGCAGCACGGCGGCGGCGGCAAGUUCAGCAUGAAGAGCCUGCUCUGGCACGGCGGCUCCGUCUGGGACGCCUGGUUCAGCUGCGCCUCCAACCAGGUGGCGCAGGUGCUGCUGACGCUGCCGUACUCGUUCUCGCAGCUGGGCAUGGUCUCCGGCGUGCUGCUGCAGGUCUUCUACGGCCUCAUGGGCAGCUGGACCGCCUACCUCAUCAGCGUCCUCUACGUCGAGUACCGCGCCCGCAAGGAGAAGGAAGGCGUCAGCUUCAAGAACCACGUCAUCCAGUGGUUCGAAGUUCUCGACGGGCUGCUGGGCCCGUACUGGAAGGCCGCCGGGCUCGCGUUCAACUGCACGUUCCUGCUCUUCGGCACGGUCAUCCAGCUGAUCGCCUGCGCAAGCAACAUCUACUACAUCAACGACCGGCUGGACAAGCGGACGUGGACGUACAUCUUCGGCGCGUGCUGCGCCACCACCGUCUUCAUCCCCUCCUUCCACAACUACCGCGUCUGGUCCUUCCUCGGCCUCGGAAUGACCACCUACACCGCCUGGUACCUCACCAUCGCCGCCGCCGUCCACGGCCAGGUCGACGGCGUCACCCACUCGGGCCCGAACAAGCUCGUGCCCUACUUCACCGGCGCCACCAACAUCCUCUACACUUUCGGUGGCCAUGCCAUCACUGUGGAGAUCAUGCACGCGAUGUGGAAGCCUCGCAGGUUCAAGUACAUCUACCUGCUGGCGACGGUGUACGUGUUCACGCUGACGCUGCCGUCGGCGGCGGCCAUGUACUGGGCGUUCGGCGACCAGCUGCUGACGCACUCCAACGCCUUCUCGCUGCUGCCGAGGACGCCGUGGCGCGACGCGGCGGUGGUGCUGAUGCUGAUCCACCAGUUCAUCACCUUCGGGUUCGCGUGCACCCCGCUCUUCUUCGUGUGGGAGAAGGCGGUGGGCAUGCACGAGACGCCGAGCGUCUUCCUCCGCGCGCUGGUCCGCCUCCCCAUCGUCGUCCCCGUCUGGUUCCUCGCCAUCAUCUUCCCCUUCUUCGGGCCCAUCAACUCCGCCGUCGGCGCGCUCCUCGUCAGCUUCACCGUCUACAUCAUCCCCGCCCUCGCCCACAUGCUCACGUACCGCUCCGCGUCCGCCAGACUGAAUGCAGCGGAGAAGCCGCCGUCGUUUCUGCCGAGCUGGUCGGGGAUGUUCGUGCUGAACGCGUUCGUGGUGGCGUGGGUGCUGGUGGUCGGCUUCGGCCUCGGCGGCUGGGCCAGCGUGACCAACUUCGUCAAGCAGAUCGACACGUUCGGGCUCUUCGCCAAGUGCUACCAGUGCCCGACGAAGACGCACGCCGGGUCGCCGUUGCCGGCGCCGCCGCAUCACUGAAGUAGCGAGCGUUAAUUUGGAGUGCCAAAGGCGGCUAACGACCGUAAACGGGGACAUUCCCGGGCGGUGCAAUGCAAAGCCUUUCUAGGAGUGUACAACGUAGUGGAGCAGCUUGUGAGUUCACUGACCCGAGAUAGCUGGACUUGCAUUUGUCGCGUGGCUUUGAUACAUUAUUAGUAGGUGUUGUGAGUGUCACUUCCUUUGUGUUGGUUGUUUGCACAUGGUUGUUUUAGGUUGUUCGGUUCAUGGUACGUGCCAUCUAAGGAUAAAAACGGAACGGAAAUAUUUCGUACCGACCGUUUUCGUUUUCUACAUUAUGAUAUCGUUUUCUAUAUUAUGAAACCGUUUUUGAAUUUUGUCAAACAUAAAAAAUUGUCAGUU